CGGAAGAGACUUACGAGAAUAGGAUGAUCAUCAAACUGUCGUUUAGACUUUGCAUGAAGUGUUCCGAUAAUUCUCCCAGAGGCUAAAGUUAGCAGUGGCCGACUGAGUCUCUGCAUUGCUGGGCUCGAAUUAAUGCAUUCUUAGAUUGUGAAAUAUGCAUGUCACUUUUGAUAAAUCAGAAGAAUCUGUGAAUCAAAGAAAAUUUGAAGCGGAUUAAAAUAGAGUUUCUUCCCUCUGCUGGCACUCAUAUGACUGGAAUUUUUGGGGGUUCUCGAUGUGGAUAAGUGAAGUAGAAUUUGAUUUCCUGGAGCUAAGCUCAGUCUUCCGGCCACAGCGGAGGCAUCGUAUCCCUGCGAAGCUUGUUCAGCUUUCAGAUUGACAGCACCAGAGUCACAGGCGAGGCUCAAUUUGUUUCUGAACGCAUGUCUUGAAGCUUGUCUCAUGCUCGCAUCCAUAGGAUGACCCCGAAUCUCUUUACAAAAAUCACACUCUUCUUCACCAAGCAUUACGGUUGUUCAAAAGCUUGGCUGUAGGUUCCGUUUCUUGAGGUGCUGGAUUCGCUUUACUCAAAAAUACCCAACAAAGCAAUGCUACAGUCUCUGUUGUUGAUUGCAAAAUUUCAAGGAAAAGAUUAGAAGAAAAAUCCUCUGCUCUAAGAACGUAAGGCUACGAGUGAAGGAUUUGACGGCAAUCUGAGCUGGUAAACACUUGAGGAAAGGAAUGAGUAUCUAAUCUCAAAUAAAAUACUGUCCACACAACCAUGCCUUAGAUGAUAUUAUGCAUGAUUUAGAAAUAGAAGCUGCGAAUGCUUGGAUCCUUGAGGCUCCCUCCAUUAUCCUAGUUUGGCAAUAAACUCCACUUGACCAGUUUCCAUUGGGUGGCUUGCCCCAACAAGUCCAUUAGCAAGCGUUUAGUAGCCGACCGUGUGAAGAAACGACAAAGGACUAUCUGGAUGAAGAAGGAAGCGGAAUUUUAUCGUGGAUCCGCUUUGGAUUCGGAAAACCAACAGCCAACGGUGAGUGAUCUUCCAAUUAAACACCUGCACAGUUCACAUUCUGUGGCCAACAUGGGGACUGGGUCCACCCUUCAGGCCACAACGUCGCAACGCGCUUUCCGACGCCGAGCGCGGUGGAGAUGAAGCCACUGUUGACAAGACGGACGGAAGCGCGACGUAGACUAUAAUUAGUGAACGUGUUCCUGUUUUCCGGUAACGGACGGAAAAAGCGGAUGGGACUCGACGACGACCUAGUUCCAGGGCAUUGACGACACAAGACGAACAGAGCGCUAGCGAGACCUGGCCCGAGACGCUCUUUCAUUGCCAAGACAAGCGCGUCGCUUCCUGACACUCCGCUAUUGGUCCAUCGUUGUUGGUUCUCCAGGGAGUGGAGAGAAAGCCGCGACGCGCCUUUCCCUGGCGGUGAGAGCUUCUCCAGGGCCUUGUUCCUGCCCUCAGGUGCUUUAUUCCGACAUUGAUGGAGUUGAUGUUGAAGUGGUGCAACAGUUUGGGCGGGAUAUCGUCGUGCGCUGUUUGGAGUGCCCGCUUGCUUGCACGCUACUCUGUGAUGCUUUGAGAACAAAAUUAGAUUCGUGGAGGGACACUGCAGGAGUGAUUCAGGUCCCGAACGGAAUAGUUCAUUGAAGACAAUAACCUGAUGAGUUUUAAAAGAGGUUGGAGAUCAACAAAAUCUGCAGUGGCGAGUUUGAAAUUCAGUGAUCAUUUGGAGUCUUGAGACGCGCUUGUUGGAGACACUGAUAGUUCUUCGUUUCAAUUUUAAUACCAGAUUCUAUUCGGGCGGUGAAUACAAGUUCUAAGAUGGGGAACGAUAAUCUUUCAUCCCCAGGGUACCGAAGAGGCUCUUCAUCCCCCUUUAAAAGAAGCUUAUCAUCUCCUGACAGUUCAUGGCGUUCUCUUGCGAACCGUCACAAGUUCUUACUUUACAUGCUCGGGCUUUUGGUAGUGCUUUGUACCAUUUACCUCUACUUCGCAAUUACUUUGGGGUCAAGUGACUCAUGCUCUGGUCUGGGAGGAGCUCAACGUGUGAGUUGUCAAAUGCGAGUUGAUGCCAUGAAAACCGAUUCGUUGAAAGCACAUCACCGUCGGCUUCUAAGUGUGGAGGACUCUGAUUCAAUCGAGAUCACUGUUGCGAAAGGAAGUGGUAAAGGAAAAAUGAAGGAGUUUAUGAGCUUUGUGUCUUCUGUUGCGGGCCGGAAGGAUUUGAAAGAAAAGUCAGAUCAAAUGGCGGAGAAUGUCGUGACUCUGAAUGGGCAGGAGUGGAAAGGUGAUAUUGCAUCAUUUAAAACCAUGGUGGAUUCUGAACUGAAGAGAAAGAAGCCAAGGCGUCCGAAAGCCUCCCAUUUGAGAGGUAACUUUUAACGGCGAAGAUGUCGGAUCACUUGAGACCAGCUGCUUUAGUUGUGUUCGGCUCCGACUUUAUGGGAUUGUCUCAAUGACAAGGGAUGUAUGAAUUUUUUGCACCAACUUCGGAUAGAUAGGUUACUGCUCUUGAGCAGUACAUGGGGGAUGAUGAUCGUGCACAAACUGUACCAUCUGUAUCUGCAGAUGUACUGUUGAGGGUCACUUCGAGGGACUGAGUGAUUGCUACCAUUGACAAUAGUUUAGAUCACUUCAUGUGGUUUGCUUUCGAAAGAGUGGUCUGUCGACGCUCAGUCUCUCAUGCUCAGUCUCUCAGUAUGAGCUCGUUAUUUGAACGUUAGCCUUGACUGCUGAUAUAUAUGCACUUGACCUGUGUAAUUACCGAAAUGUACACUGGAGAGGUUUUUGAAAACUUUCGAAGUUCAAGCUUAAAGUGGAGGGCAUCUUGUGAAAAUAGAUGCCUCUUGUAUUGAACCUUUUUUUCACUAUAUCAUUCUUUUAAAUUUUUAUAAAGAAUUGGAUUUCACACAA